GGGGGCCGUUGGGCUGGCGUUUAUGGAAAGCUUACUUAUAAAAUUGACGUCCAGCAGCAUGUGAGUCUCCUGGGUUGCAUACUGAAUCGGCAUGGAGCCUUGCAGUCCUAGCAGAAGACCCUAGAUCAGGCGUUAGCGGACGAAUCAUUGAAAGUUGAUAUGGAUCGUUCCUACGGUCCUGAUCGUCGGAGUUACGACAAACCAGGGGAGAUUGAAACUUCCAUCGAUGCCGACCCUCAUAGCGACCAUAUUCCAUCAUUUAACCAAGAUGAUAAUGUCUUAGAUCCCAAGAUAGAUCUUUUCAGCGACAAACCAGCGAUGAAUAAACAGCCCAAUCAGCCGAUAAUUAGUAAGCAUCCUAUAUAUUCAAAAGAGAACGACGACGCCCUACCUACAUGGCUUCCUUACACCCUACGCUGGCACUGCCUGUCUAGCCUCUUAAUUUUUACACUAAUGCUAGAAAUCAUGGUGGUCAUUUCACACAUCAUAUCCUCUCGCGAAUUAGGAUUGGUUGAUGACGACGGCUCCCGGGGAAUUGUCGUCGCUUCCAAAUUUGUUCCGACAGUACUCGCCGUCGUAUAUGUGUUCUUGCUAUCAAUCUUACUUAAUGACGUUAAACGGACCGAGGCAUUCGCACGGCUUGCCUGCCCUGCGGGUGCCCCAGCCAAGAGGUCUCUAACAUGGACCGUUGACGCUUGGUGGGAUGCUUUAGUCCAAGGUUUUCCCACCCGGCGGAGGGAAACGAGCUGGGCUCUGCUAUGCGCGACCAUCGCUUUCAUACUCGGCUUCUUUAUCGUAUCUCCUUUCUCCUCGAGUUUAUUCGUCACACAAGGCAUGGUCUUCGUUUAUGAAGAACCGUUUAAAAAAUUGGAUAUAUCCGCGAAGUUUCCACUCCAGGCUACUCCGCUCGCUACUACGUAUUUUCGUACGGUCAGCAACAUCCUCCAGAAUGUGACAACAUCGGCAUGGGUUACAGAUAAAUAUGGCAUCCUACCCGUUUGGCCGGCUAGGAUGGAAAACGUACCGCUGAGUCCAUCUUUUUCUGAUUCGAUGUCGACGUGGUCAGCAACGACUACUGCAUUCGACGUGGAACUAAAUUGCGAACAAAUGAAUUACGAGAAAAGCCAGGUAGUACCGUACGUUAGGUACGAUACGCAACUCUAUACUAUCUCGGUGUUAUUAACUGCGUCUUCGGGUUGCGCUUUGAACAUUACAGACAGCUAUGAUACCUUUCGGGGAGGGGGGGAAAUCUGGGAUUCGUCAGCGAAUGUUAACAUUAAUCAUAACACCACCUACGUUCCCAUAGCGCCAAACAGGCCAGCACUAUAUAAGACUAACUGUUCGCAGGACGAAUUCCUUAUAAUUACUACCCCUUGGUCUAAUAAUAUGACACCAGGAAACUUCACCAUAACUGGUCAGGUCUGCAACGCCCGUUAUUAUACAGGAGACACUGAUGUUACUGUUGCUUUCGACCGAGGCGAUUCCUCGGUUCAUGUCCAAAUCAAUGAGUCGCAGUACAAGUCGAGCCGUUCGCAAAUCCCUCUCUCAACAGCGAAUAUCAAUUCUUUCCAGGAUGCCUUCCUGAGUCAGAAUUGGUCGACUCAUCUCCAGAGGCCUAUCGAGAAUAGAGGCAUGUACGGGCCAGCAAUCCUCCUCUCCGCUUUAUAUAACUAUUCUCCGGGUCAGUUAAUUGGCGAUCCUCUAAUGUUGCAAAAUGCAGCACGGUUAAAACAACGUUUCUUCGGCGAGCUACUCCGAGAUAAGUUUGAUGAAUCUGCGCAGCAGAUCCCCGUAGACCUUAUCGGCCGUACGACCGAGAAUAGGAGACGAGUUAUCGUGGCGUCAGCCGUGGCUGUCCCCCUUGAAACUACAUUAGCUAUACAGCUAGUUUUAUUAAUCGUCGUCUUCUAUAAGACUAGACUAUACAACCGCCCACUCGGUCUAUCCACAGAUCCUUCCCCUGCGAUGAGUAUAGUCAAACUUAUCGCUAGAGAACCUACCACACUGCAAUCACUGAAGGAUCUAUUUGAUAACACAAAAGAAGAGAUUGAUACUAGGCUAUUGGGUCAAAGCUAUCAAUUAGCACAUGGCCGAGUUCAUCUGAUUACCGAAUCCACGUCUCAAAGGAUUGGCAAAAAAAGAAAAAUAGCUUGCAAUCCUUCAAAACCCCAGUCUUUCGCAUUCAGGCUCUGGAUACUCAUCUUGUUAACCGUCUUCCUUUCAACUACCCUGGUCACUAUAACAUAUCUCUACUGGUAUUCGGAGGUGUAUGGGUUAUAUCAGACGGCCUUUGUGUAUGCGUUUGAUGUUUCACUUGGUGGCGUAAACCUCCAUGAUAUCAAUCCGGCGUCCGUUGUAACGACCUUUGUGGCUGUUUCCUUAGGGCUGUGGUGGGGAUCACUCGAUGCUAUUAUGCGCAGAAUCCAACCAUAUUUAACUGUUUCUCAAGGCCCAGCGACUGGAGAGGAAGGCCUGCUUGUCUCGUAUAUUUCAUCAUAUUUGUUGUGGGCCUCCUGGAGGGCGUGCAAGCGAAGACACUGGAUAUUAUUGCUGGUGUGUACCGGCGCCUUCCUAGCAGAGAUAUUUACAAUCGCAAUGUCCUCCAUGUGGCAGAGGGUACCUGGGAGCGUGCUGCUCACAGCUAAUGUACUGCAGCAACUUCAAUUACGCAAUGAUAGCUUGCCAUUUGCGGGCGAGGGAAGUGCCCUUGUAGACCUAUAUAGUAACAUGAGAACCUCUUGGAUAUAUGGGGCAGCUAUUCAAACUUCUCUCAAUGGGACCGAACCUGCUUGGAGCUCAAAUGGAUGGGCCUUUGUUCCAGUUGACUUAGCGACGCUGCCUCAGACGACUAUACAAAACGCGGGGAAUCAAACCGCUUCAACACGAAAAGCAAUGAAUGCCACAGUAGACACCCACGGGAUCAGAGCGCGGUUAGAAUGUUCCCCUUUCGAACACUUAAACCUUGAGGAUUCUACAAACUGGCUUACCAAAUGGGACUUGACCAAUGCGACGCAAUGGGCUACUGAUACCAACCCAGACAUCUUGAAACAGGGCUACGAGCUCGGACUAUCCACGAUUGGGAAUAAUACGAAUCUUUACCUAGAUCAAGUUCCAAGCUACAAAGGAAACUACACCACGUUUUUCGCAUCCGAUAGAAGGAUACUGUGCUGUCAAAAUAUGACCAAUGGACAGAUUGGGUCAGGUUCGGUGGGAUAUUGGUCCCCAAUCGUGAGAAACACCACAACUAACGAAUAUCCGAACCUUGCGACACCUUGGCCGACUAACUUCACGGUGAAAUGGAUUCACGGGUUACCUGUGGAAGGCUAUCACCACAACAUAGCUCUGGACCCUAGAGUAUCAGCUCCACUUCUAUGGUCCGAGGAGCCACGAAUGGCAGCACUGAAUUGUAUGCCCAUUAUCGAAAGAGCUUGGGCAAGUGUUACCGUGGGUGUAGAAAAUAGUUAUGUUAUUGACUACAACCUCACCAGUGAACCACAACUAGACCCCUUCGCGUGGUCUAUCGAGUUGGCGCCCGUCAUAUACAUCGACACGGCCGGACUGGGCCAUGCUAUUAAUACAAUUGGAUAUGGCGUUUUGUUUGUCUCUGGCCUACUCGCCGCCGCGGAUUUUGGCAGCGUCGGCAACGUUACUAGCGAAUAUAUUAUAUACACUCGCGCCUCAGAGGAUAACAUCCAGCAAACCUAUAGUAUUCGGGAACCUGGCUUGAAUGUCGACCUGAUGACUUACUCUAUGUUAGCCCUUGCUAACAACGACCACGAAGCACUACUAAACCUGGAUACUCUACGGCACACUGCUCAACGAACAUUCUCGGCCAUGUUCCAGAACUUCGCAAGUAAGAAUGUUUCAUUCGAGAAUGGUGGUUACGUCUUCCAAUCUCUCAACGAGAAUCCUCUAAUCCACGUUAACGGAGUCACACUUGAGAAUUCUACCGUCCCGAAGCCACCCGUCAAUACGACAAUAAACUUACACGUCUCCCGACCGGCCGAGCUCUUACAGAUGUCGAAGCCAGCGGCUUGGAUCUGCAUGAUAAUCCUAGGAUAUCUCGUCAUCGUGUCCAUAGUCUUGACCAUCGCAUCCCGAAGGUACACAAAGAUGCUUAUCAGAAAACUCGACAGUAUCGCCGAUAUCGCAGUUUUGGUAGCUGGAAGCGAGAAGCUCUUGAAACUAGCACGCAGUAAAUCGCUUCAAGAACUCAAAAAUGAUCACGUUACUAGGGCAAAACUAGAUUGGUUCACGGGGGCUGAUGGAAUGUUGAGAUGGGGUAUUGAGCUUGUGAAUGAAGACGCCGAAAUGGAAAAAGCAGGCAUCUCAUCUGAAACAAGCUCUCAAAGGACGUCGAAUAUCAGCGAUAUAUCACCCAGCGUGGAUGGUACAGAGAGCGGACCUGCACCACACGAUACUGAAAAUGUAUCACGAACGGCUCCUUCCGACCCUCAUAACCAUGGACCGGCUCGCAACGAAGAGUCCCCCGAUAUUAACGUCGAAAGGGCGUCACUAAACUCUUCAAUUAUGUCUCCGGAGGAUCACGUACCUUUCACGCGUGAAGAGGAUAGAGAUUCUUCUACUGAUAUAAGCGUAGACGAGUCCCUGUCCCCGACUUAUUCCUCGGGCAAUUCUACUGGAGAACUUGAUUCAACGAGCCGAAAUAGCAUUUAAUUAGGCCUUUUUCGUUUUUGUCUUUUUUAUUUUUAUUUUUUUAUAACAAUUUCCCCCUUUCUCACGUCCUGAACUUCAUGAUAAAGAUACCCAGGUAUUUAUUCAGAACAAUUCCCUUUGAUUUCCAAAUCUUCAUCAUGUAGAGGGUAGGAUGAGAUAGAUUUAGAGGAUAUCUCGUUUCUUUCGGUCAAAUGUUUGGAUACUGCGCACAAUGCUCCAUUACUAUAAGGUACUCAUCUAGAGGUACCUAAUACCAUGCGCCGUUUCCAAAAAGAAUUUGCCAAUGCGUCAUAAUAUAGUGUAUGCUCACAGUACGGGGCUGUCAUGACUAAAUUUAUAGUGCUGUAAGCGCUGUAACCAUAGGGUAUUACAGGGCUUUGGGCCUUUAUAACCACAGCGCAUCACAGGACUUCAGAGCGCUAUACUUAUAGGGGCACGCGCACUAUAAUAAAUUUACAGUGGGACAUGCGCUGUACCGCCCUGUAGCUACGGCUCCUUUAGUGCGUUACUCCCUGUAUUUACAGGGACACAAUACAUUACCCAGGUAUGCCACCACACUAUAUAUCCGUACGUCGUUUUGGCGGAAUGGCGACUUAAAGCAUAUUGGACCGCCGUCCCUAACAUGUAUGCCUACCUAGGUAAUAAAGAG